AUGGCAAUCGUUGCCACUAUUGAAGUGUUAUCGAACAGCGUUGAUGAAUGGAAUACAGCUGUGGCUCAAGCUUCACAGCAAGGUGACUGGGACUACGAUGCCGUCAAAGUGGCUGGCUAUUCGACCAGAAUGGCUCAAGGUGUAGUAGCAGCCUGUAUUUUCUCGGCAAUUGCAUUCGCCCUCGGCUCUCACAAACAGAAAGGCGAUAACGCGGCAACUGCUGAAGUCGAGAUCGAGGAUCGACCGAUUCAUAUCGGGCGAUAG